GUUUUUCUUGUUCGUGUUUUUAUUUGUUGUGGUUGCACCCGAGUCAAGUGCCGAAUGGCUCACAGGGCUAUACCAAAAUAAACUGAACUAUGUUGAGUAAGGUGAGCUUACUCAACAUCAGGGCUCACAACUGCUUACUUUAGUAGUGGUGAGAUUAAUACAGUUGUGGGUGAGGAGCUCACCGUAGGGUGAGAUGAACACACUGCUGGGUGGGGUGAACUUACCACAGUAAAGGGUUGAGAAUAUUACUCUGUGUGUGUGUGAGCUUGCUUACUACCAGAGUACAGGCUGAGAAGCCUUUCUCCAUGUGUGUGGUGAGAUUCGUAGAGAGGAGCUCACUGGCGAGGCACCAUAGUGAGGAACUUGAUAUCGACUACAGAGUGAGCUGCUCGAAUAGACGGGUCCAGACAUCGAUACGCAGACUGUAUCUGUCCGCAUUUAAAACAAAAAUAUUUUACACAUACCAUCAGUGAGUGUAUAAUUUGGACGGCGUGGAGCACAGGACAUGCAAACUAGACCGGUUGUCUUCAUCAGCAGUCUGGCUCGGUUGAAUCGAUGCCAAUGAACCGCCCGAUGUUAGAGUGAUGCACCCAUCAUCACUGACAUUACCUGCAAAGUGGUGAAGACAGGGCGCUCUUCACAGUGAUGAAUGGCAAGCUCAUACCAUACACGCCACUGGCUGUGGAUUUCUGGCGGGUGGCCAAGUUCCCUGAGGCGAGGAUUUUCUUCCUGAGCCAUAUGCACGCCGAUCACACAAGUGGGCUCACCCCGACUUGGAGCCGGCCAAUCUACUGCUCUCCCAUCACCGCCGUGCUCCUCAAACGCAAAUUUAAUAUUGCCGACAAGUUCAUUCGCCCGCUGGAGCUGGGAGAGAGCCACUGUGUGCCCCUAGAUGGAGUGGGCAAGGAGACGAUGACGGUGACACUCAUUGAUGCCAACCACUGCCCGGGUGCCGUCAUGUUUCUGUUCCAAGGUUACUUUGGCAACAUUCUGUACACUGGUGAUUUCAGAUUUAUUCCAGAGAUGCUUAAGCUGCCUCUGCUGCAAACCAAUAUUAUAAUCGAUGUUCUGUACUUGGAUAACACAUACUGCCCUUCAAAGUGGCACUUUCCUUCACGAGAAGAUGCCACAGAAGAGAUCAAGAUAAUAAUACGAAACCACCCAGACCAUCAGGUUGUUAUCGGCACAUACUCACUCGGGAAAGAGUCUCUGCUGGUAGAGCUGGCAAUGGAGUUUGGGUGGCUGGGGGUAAGUCCAGAACGCAUGGAGACGCUGCAGCUGCUUGGCCUGCCCAACGUGUUCACGACGGCCACAGAUGAGUGCCGCUUGCGGGUCGUGGACGCGCACCAAUUGAACAGCCGCAGCAUGGCACACUGGAACUGUGAGUGCCCCACCAUCGCCGUGCUGCCCUCGGGCAACCGUGCUGGCCGGCAGCCGUGCGACUCCAUUUUCAUCGUACCCUACUCGGACCACUCCUCUUACGGCGAGCUGCGCCAAUUUGUCGCCGGGCUACAGCCGCGAGCCAUCGUGCCCAUCAACAAGGGGCCCAGCUGCGAGAGAUACUUCAGGGAGUUCCUCAGCACCGCGCAGAGCAGCCAGAGUAAAACGAUCAUUAUUCCGGAGUCGGUGCAGAGGUUUAUGAAGGAAGGCGGCGGGGUUUCUGCUUGUAGUAAUAAAUGUUUGCCGAAAAGGAAAGCCUGCAUUUUUCGGACCUCCAGAACACACAUCCCCAAGGGGGUAUGCUUCGACAGUCCCAAAUCUUCCAUCGCAACACAUUCGCCUCCACGUGUCAUAAUUGCGAGUUCUGAGGAUGAUGAUGAAGCUGGCGAUUAUGAUUCCAUACGUGUUAUAAAAAAUGAAGAUGACAAGCCCUUUACCUUGCCUUCUGAAUCUAUUGCAAUCCCAUUAAGCUUUGACAGUGAUAACAUAAGUGAUUCAAAAUCGACCAAAGUAAUCAUGGACACAAAGUCUGUCUACAAGUCAGCUGUUGAGGCUUCAGUUCAUUCACAUGCUGAUGAAUCGAGAGUGAAAAGGAAACUUGAUUAUGCAGAAAGUCUGAGCUCGGAGUCCUUCCCAAAGCAUGUAACAUGCGUUGAAGAUAAAUGCUCUUUUGACUCGUUGCCUUCCCCUUCACGGCGGCCAUAUGACGGCACAGGCGACCGGCAAAGUGCAUCGAGCGAAGCGCGCGUUUUAACAAACUCUCCUAAAUCCGCUGAUGGUCCCUGUAUUGUGGGUGCACUUUCGUGCAAGAGUGAGGGCCAUCCUGUGGACUUUCACACACCAUUGAUGGGUGGCAGACUUUCUGUUAUUCUCAAGAGAAAAGUGCAGAGCUGCAGCCAGACCCAGGCUGGAAAAUGUAACAUCAUAUUGUCCCCACUUCAUGCCUUUUUGAGUGAAAAGGAGAAGAGGUUGUCCUUUAAUCGACUUGUGGAGAAGUGCAUGCAGAGAAAAUAAACGCACCGUUAGGUGGCGUCUUCCUGGAGCAAGCAGGUUAAUUGUGCAAACGAAACUAGCAUAACUUUCCAGAAACGUAUUAUACUGUACAUGUGUAAUUAAAUUAUUCACUGUUUUUGUUUUGAAACUUGUUUUCAUUGUUUGCAUUAUUUACAGCAUAACUUUGUUUUUUUUUUUCACACGUUUAAACGUUUUAUUUGUGGGGAUUAAAGGACUUGUUCACACUGAAGGGUCAUUGCAAAACGCUUCCCGAAUUCAACUUCAUAAUUCACCCGCUCAUCCCUGGUACAAAAUCUCUCCUUUACAAAGGGUUGUGAGGCACACACGUCUUUCAUCAUCAUAAAGGACAAAAGUCUGGCCGUCGUCAAUAUAGAACACGCCGGGUGUAUUCAUGUUUCACGUAACAUAGCCACCCACAUUACAUGAGGGAUUUGGUGGGGGUGGGGAGUGGAACGUUGAAAGGGGGCUUUUUUGCUAGGUGACUGCAUUUGUUGGUCUGUUCAAUAAAUACCUGAAAAUAACAAACACGGGUCUGGAACUUCUCUACAACUACUGUAAUUUUAAAACAUGUAAUGCUUUGUAUAUCUGCUUGGGACAUACAUUUGGGAUGGCUCAAAAAGUUCGUGCUGUCUUCAAUGUGCCAUGUCCAGUUUAAAAUGAAAACAAUUUCAAAAUUACUUGUUUACAUGAAAAAGUUUACUAAAAAAGACUGAAACGAAUUACAAAGUUCUAUAUAUGCCAUACGACCUUAUAAAACGUGGGAAAUGCUCCAUGUACACAACACAGUAAAUUUAACAUUUGCACAGUAAGCAUUGAUGUCUAAAACAAAAUAAAUUAUUAAAACAUUCCAAACGUAUGUGCAUUUAACCGACAUCAUACCUAUGCCUGGGUGGAACGGUGGCUCGGUGAUUCGCGCACUACACUAUGAAUAAAGACAUUUUAAAAAGUUAAA